AUGUUUGCACGGUCUAGUCUACGGUGUAGUCUGGCGCAGUUUCUGGUGCUCGUCACAAUUGCCGGAGCUCAGCAAUGUAGCCGACAAUACAACCUACAGAUAAAUCAGCGACUGAAUAUUAGCAGCAUCAAUUACCCCGGCGCCUAUCCUCCAGGCAGUAGCUGUCGCUAUCUCCUUGUGGCGCCCCCAAACCACGUUGUACACCUCAGCUGCCGCUUCGAAGUGUAUCCCGACAAUUGUGGCACAGAGUCCCUGUUUAUCUCUCGCGAUGGUGACAUGCAAUUCCGAGAUGCCGAACGCUACUGCCGCAUGGGUCAGAUUACACGCCUCUCCAACUUCCAAUCUCUGGCUCUGGCAUAUUAUUCCAGCAACUCGAAUACCCAGCAGCGUGCGCGACUCAGUUGUCAGGCCACAACCCGUCCUGCACCCUGCGAUUGCGGUUGGUCCUUUCCUGCACGCAUAGCCAACGGCGUGGAGGCGGCCAAGCACGAGUAUCCCUCGAUGGUGGCGCUACGAGAUCUCACCUCCAAUCAACGUGUCCUCUGUGGGGGCAAUAUUGUGAGCGAUCGCUACAUUAUUACUGCAGCACAUUGCACUGCCAGACAACCAGUGGCCAGUCGACUGAUGGCCCUGGUGGGCGAGCAUGAUCUAAGCAGCAAUAGUGAAUCCAUUUAUGCCGCUCAGUAUCCCAUACGUAGCAUCAUUAACCACCCGGCCUAUACGGUAACAAGCUCUGGGGACCUCAAUGACAUUGCUCUGCUACAGACCGCCAGGCCCAUGCGUUGGUCGCGUGGUGUUGGGCCUAUCUGUCUGCCUGCACGUCAAUCCGGCGAAACAUUCGCUUACGAGAACGUGGACAUUGCUGGCUGGGGAACUUUAGGAUUUACAGCGCCCAAAUCGAAUACCCUGCAGAAGGCCACACUGCUUACGAUGGAGAACCGGGUGUGCGAGCAACGAUACAAUGCCAGCAUUGCUGCAAAUCAAAUAUGCACUUACGACUCACGAGGUCAGGGCCAGGACUCGUGUCAGUAUGACUCGGGAGGCCCAGUAAUUUUGCGGCAGCAGCAGCGACUCUUCCUGCUUGGCGUCAUCAGCUAUGGACGCGUCUGUGGACAACGCUAUGGCAUUGGUGUGAACACGCGGAUAACAGCGCAUCUCAAUUGGCUGUGGAGAUAUGUGGGUGGUGGAGUUUGUGUGCGCUAAACGAAUUACAAAUUGAAGUAGAGCCAAGUUUGGCAAGCCAUAUUUCCUUCGACAUGCAUAUGCCUCAAUCUCGUCCUUGCUAACUCUAUUUUGAUUCCUGCUCCAAUGCACUUGCCACAAGCACUUGCUGCUCGAACGCCUUGUGCGUUGCCCUGCGUCUUCCACUUCUUAGUUCUUGCCAGCCUUCGAGUGUUGACAAAAGCCUUAAUUUGCAUUUAAAUUAAAAAGCUGUGACAUGUUUUGCCUAUAUUUAAACAAAGCACAGAGAAUUUCCCUCCAACCAUGCACAUCACAUCCGAACGCACUUCAGUCCGCAGGCUCAAUACCUAGUUCUCUAACGCAAGACAGCAAAGUAAUUCUGAAUGUGUGACUACACUUUUCUAAAAUAGAAAGUAUUCAAAUUUUAUAAUAAAGCAUUGCCACAUACUAUAUUGUAUAGGUGGACUAGACAAUAGAGUUUCUAAGAAGCGUUUUUGAUCAAUCAAAAUGUUAAAACUUUACCGAUUUUAUUGAACCUUAAAAAGUAAAUACUAAAUUAUUUAUAAACUG